AUGGGGCCCAAAAUGAAGACCUCCUGUCAGAGCAAUGGGCCGUCUGAAACAUGUCACCCUUGUGAGUUGACCUUGCAGGCAAAGGACCUGAAGUUGUGUGAUAAUAAGUGUAUCUGUGUCAGCGACCUCAGAGACUGUGAGGCCGACUCUUCUCAAUAUAACCCUGUAUCCCUGAACAUCUCUUGCUAUUUGAAUGACCUGUGCCUCCUGUCCUACUCUUGGAAUCCCGAGUUGGUCAACUGUGAGGACACCACCUACUCUUUCAUCCUAAAUUUCAGUACCGAGAGGCAUCAUUGCCCGGGGGUUUUAAACGGGUUUGCAAAUUUCAACCUCACACUCCGACGGAGGGGCCGGCAGCUGGGGGAUAAGGGCUGGUUCGGGCCACAUCUUGUGGACAUGGUUCAUGCAGUGAAGGCUCCUGUUCCAACUAUCACAACAGUAAAAAGUUCGGAUGAUUCUCUGUCUAUGUCUUGGACUGGCGACAUAGGACACGAGAAAUGUCAGGUCCGCUACCGAGUCAGCACCGACCACUCAUGGACCCAGGUACCAGAAGAUGUCCCUGUGAAUUAUGGUCAAAGCGUAGACUAUGUGAUAAAAGGCCUUCAGCCCUACACAAACUACUGUGUCAGUUUGGUGUGUGUUGGGGAGACUGGGCAACCGAGCGAAUGGAGCGAUGAGAUUCCAGUCAUGACGCUGGAAAGGGCUCCCUCUAAAGGCCUGGAGGUUUGUUACCACUUGAGGCCACCAUCCUCAUCUAGUAGACAUCAUCAUCUGAUCCUGAUGUGGAAGGCUCUUAACAUGCAUGAGGCUACAGGUCGUAUCCUGGGAUACCGGGUGGCCUACACAUCGAGGACAGACGGUGGUGGCCUGUCCCAGAACGUGACCUUUAACACCACAGAGAUGAAGACAGAGCUGAAUGUGUGGGAGCAGGAGGGGGAGGUCACUGUAACAGCUUUUAACAGCGCUGGCUCCUCCCCUCCCUCCCUUCUCCGCAUCCAUCCCCUACCUCCACAGGCUAUGUCAACGGUGAGGAGUCUGUGGGUGAGGUCUCGAGGGGACUUCCUGGUGGUUCAGUGGGACAACUCCUCCCUGCCUGUCAGUGGGUUUGCCAUAGAGUGGACCUCCCACACAAACCCUGAAUCUAAGCACUGGAGGUGGGUGGAUGGACACAGCAGGUCUGCCGACUUGACAGAACACAUCCUUCCUCUGCAGACCUACACGGUUAGCAUCUACCCCAUCUACCACAGUCUGUGUGGCCCUCCACAGUCACUUCCUGUCGGCUUGGAGCAUGGAGUUCACUCAAAGCCCGACAAAUUACACAUCGUUGUGACUGGUGACGUCGUGACCGCAGGGUGGGAAUGGGUGAUGGACGGGUCCCACAUCAGAGUGGACGGGUACAGACUGGAACUGAGACACGGGAGGCAGGAACAAGUGUUCCCCGUGUGGCCUGAUGUAAGGCAACACACCUUCCCUAAACUUCAACCCCACACCACAUACUCAGUUCACCUGCUGGCAGACAACCUCACACAAAACAUUAUCACAUUUACUGUUGUAGGUUAUCUAGAGGCCAUUGCUACAGCAACCUCGCUAAUCUCCUUGAGUCUGGUUCUGGGACUGUUUGCCAUUUUGUACAAAACUCUAUACAAGGACUAUAUCCUGUCCCAAGUAGCUAACCCUCAGGCCAGUCAGUUAGGCCAGUGGCUGUUGAAGCCUCAUACAGAGGAAGUUGUAGAGAAGAACAUCCUGAAGCUAGAAGACUUCCUGGUCACAGACCUCCAAGUAGGAAGGUGUUUUACCGAGCCGGAUCCAGAAUCCCCAUGUCCCAGCGAGGAAGAAGACAAAAGCACAUGCUUCAUUCUCUCUCUACCUCGCAACGAAAGCACUGGUCCGGCCAUACUGCUGUGCUGCUCUGGCUGUGAGGAGAGUUUCAUCGGAAGACUGGAGAGUUCCAGAGUUCCAUCGGAAAACUCCCAGAUCAAAUCCACCCUGGGCUGCUGUCCCGGCUGCAUCCAGACCUGGGCCCCUCCAAGGCUGGUCUUCACAGUGGGCAACACUAUUGAAUGUGACAAUGACUAUAUAGUGAACACCUUCGCUGUGCAACACUGAAAGCUGGCUGGGCUAUCCAAUUGAUGAUGCAAAACUGCCAUAUGAAUAGAUGUAUCUAGUUUGUAAAAUACUUAAAACAUAAUAAAUCUGAAGCUACCUGACAA